GGGGUGCGCGCGCGUGCGUGCGUGCGUCUGGAGACUGUCGUUGCCCUGUCGGCCUUUGGCUCAAGGGGAAGCGGGUUUCAUGGACAAAUAAAGGGCUAGAGCAGAUGAACUGAGGAGAUGGCAGGAAGAAAGCUACUGGGAAAAUAUGGAUCAGAUUGAAAUCAUUGCUAACAAGACCCUGCCAAAUUGCACAAUGGGUCAGGAAGCUGGAAAGCCCACAUGGCCAAAGCCAGCAGGAGGAUAUCAGACUAUUACAGGCAGAAGAUAUGGAAGAAGGCAUGCCUAUGUUAGUUUUAGACCAUCUCUGGCGAAUCAAGAGAGGAACUCAAACCAACACAGCAGCGAAUGUGAAGGAUUAGAACUGGAUGACGUUCAAAAAGAAAAUUCUUUGUGUUCCAGUCCACUGGUCCAGGUAUGUUCUGCUUUGGCAGAUGUUCCAUUGUUAGCAAAUGUUGGAUCAGAAGAUCCUGUUAAUCAAGCCAAGCCAAGCCAAGCAAUGGAUGCAGGUACUCCAACAUUUUCUCCAGCACACUACAAUUUGGGAAAAAACCAAAUGGUGUGUAACAAUGUGAAUUCUAAUGACUGUGCAGAGUACGUUUCUGGAGAGCACAAUAACCUUAAUGGCCAAAAUGGCAUUUCUUUUGUAAACAUUGACUCUUAUGAGCCGGAUAGCAGUGAUGGAGAGGAAGAGAGUGACCAAAAUGAUCUUUCAGUAGCUAAAGAAGAAGCUGGGAUAUUUCAAGAGACACUGGAUAACAUGCUUUCUGAGUUGGAGAAGGAAGUAGACUCAUUCUGUGAUAUGCAUUCACACCUGAACAAUUUCAGUCAUAAUGCUUCAAGUAAAAGCUUUGAAGACUUAAGACCAGUGCCUUUUAAAAGACAUUCUAUUGUAGAAUCAGAUACUGUUCACCAAAAUAAGGCACUUGUGAAAUCAUCUAGUGAAGAAGAUUCACUUGUAAAAACUAAUUUCGUUACUUCUUGUAACUUGGAACAGCAAAAAACUGCAGCAGAUCCUACAAUUAGGACACAAGUAGCAGUUUGCAAUACAUUGAGUACUGCCAGUACAAAGACAGACCAGGAGAAUUCAUCUGAACUGGUUGUAAGACCCAAAAUUAGAAAACAAAAUCCUGUAAGUCAAUUGGACAGAAAACAGUCUCUUACAAGUGAAGAGGAAGAAAAAAAUAGCAGUAAAAGAUGGAGUGAGUCUGUGGAUGUCCACCAGCGUAGUGCAGAAUGUGACUUGAAGCACAGCAAAGAAAAAAGCCAUUCUAGUAUGUUUUUUGAUCCAAGAGACUAUGAAGAAGCUCAAAAGAAAAUAAAAAGUGAACUAAGGAAACACAGUAUAACUCUUCAAGACCAAAGUAAAGUAGAUGACAAUGCUUUCUGGGAUGAAUUCGAAGAUUGUGGCAGAAAUCUAUCUAGCUCCAACAAAGAUGAAGACAGCUCUGAAUGCAGUGAUGGUGAAUGGUCUGCAUCUCUGCCAUGCUAUUUUGCUGUGACUGUCAAAGAGCAGUCCUCCAGUGAUGAAAGUUGGGAGACCCUUCCAGGAAAAGAGGAACCAGAACCUGAAGUGCAUAGUGACAGCAGUGGUGUGGAAGAGGAACAUAAUGACUUUGGUUUACAAGCUGGGGAACAGACUGCUCUAGAAGAUGGUGAAAUUCCUUGGUUGCAGUAUCAUGAAGAAAUAGAAAGUAGUAGUGAUGAAGAAACUGAUCAAGUGAGCCAUUUUGUACAUCCUGGUUUUUUCAUGUUGGAUGGAAACAACAACCUAGAAGAUGAUUCCAGUGUAAGCGAAGACUUAGAUGUGGAAUGGAGGCUGCUUGAUGAAUUUGGUGAUGGUUUGGGUGUUGCUCAAGCCAUUUCCUAUGUCGAUCCCCAAUUCCUUACAUAUAUGGCUUUGGAAGAACGAUUGGCACAGGCCAUGGAGGUGUCAAGCUUGUUCAUGGACAUGACUUAUCAGCGUCUACAGACUGCUUUGGCACAUUUGGAAUCCCUCGCCAUUGAUGUUGAGCAAGCUCAUCCACCAGCUAGUAGAGAAAGCAUAGACUGCCUGCCACAAAUUAUUAUAACAGAUGAUCAUAACGCUGUAGGUCAGGAACAGUGCUGUGCUAUCUGCUGCAGUGAGUAUAUCAAAGAAGAAAUUGUAACAGAGCUUCCCUGUCACCACUUUUUUCAUAAGCCUUGCAUAACACUUUGGUUACAAAAGUCAGGAACGUGUCCUGUGUGCCGUCAUGUACUUGCACCUGUGCUUCCGGAGGCUGGCACCCCUGCCGUCACUUUCUUGCCCGAUCACGAUUCUGCUCCUUCAGUCCACAGUACUUCAGGAACACAAUAAAAUGAACACCUGAAAAGAUAGUCUCGUCCAUCAGAUCUUGCUGUAAAUUUUUCCUGUUUAAUUACAAUGUGAAAUUGCUUUGUAUGUAAGUAUAUAUAAAUACAUAUAAAUAUGAAAACACUUAAAGUAUAUGAUAGUUUAGAAAGAGAAUGUCUGAGCUUUCUGAAUGACUUAGUUGAUAGUAAAGAGUUAGAAUUAUUGAAAUGAAAGGUGUAAAAAAGAUUGCACUAACUUUCUGCAGUAAAACACAUUGCUGACUAACAUUAAUGUCUAAUGCUUACGUCUGAGGGAAUGACAAAAAAUAUGGCACUUGUCCUCAAGUUAAUACAACUGCAGUGCAGUUGGAGCUUACAAAAGUUAUGCAUAUAUCCUGUUUUAUCUUAUAUAAUAUUUUAAGCUUGGGUUGUUUCCUUUUGUUUAAAAUUAGUGCCACAAUUUGUUUGUACAUAGCUCUUUCAUAUUUGCAUCAAAUGUGAAGAUGUUCUGUGAUCACUGCAGUAGUAUACUUUGUUUCUCUGGAAAUAAACAGCAUAAUCAUA